CGUCUUAAUCCUCACUUGAAUAGUUCUUCGCUUGGUAAGAAAACUGUUGAAAAUCAUUGAAAGGGCAACUAGACGGAAGAAAUGAAUGUUCCGGUCGCAGCGAACGUGUUGGGGACACUAGGAGCAGUUUGCUGGUCAAUUCAGCUCAUUCCUCAAAUUAUCAUCAAUUACAGACGACACCACACAAUCGGCCUUCAAAGAUCGAUGAUGUUACUUUGGGCCAUUGCCGGCGUGCCGCUCGGUGCAUACAAUAUCACUUCGAAUUUCAAUAUCGCACUACAGAUCCAGCCACAGAUUCUAACCAUCUUAAGUCUAAUAACUUGGAUUCAGUGCUACCAUUAUGAUGAUAAAUGGGGAGUAUUGAAAUGCUGUGCGUUCGUGGGGAGCAUUGGAGCAGUAUUUGGCGGUAUUGAAGUAGGGCUCGUCUAUGCUCUGAAGGCCGCAUUGAGAGAAAACAAGCAUUGGCCAGUAACGCUAAUGGGUGUUGUUUCCACAGUCUUGCUGUCUGCCGGAGUUCUGAGGCAUUAUUGGGAUAUUUACGUUCAUCGCACAGUCAGAGGAAUCUCCUUCAUCUUCGUCGGCAUUGAUGCUGCUGGAGAUGUGUUUUCCUUGGUUUCUGUCUUCUUCCAACCAAGUCUAGAUAUCCUAGGAAUGGUCAUAUAUGCCACAGAGUUUGUGCUCUGGUGCGGAGUCUUUGCGUGUGGAGGAUAUUUCAACCUUGCUCCAUGGAUUCGGCAAAAGCUCAAGACCAGGAGACAAAGAAGAGAGGAUGCAAGCAUUGACUUAGCAUCUGGUCAAGAAGAAGGGCAAAAUAGUGUUGAUGUUGCCAACGAUCAAUCACUGCAUCAACUUCCGUCAUCCACUUCUGUGUUCAGAACUCCAAGCUCCGUGCUGAGCUCAAGAAUGUCUCACAGAUCUGAGACACAAGAAGGAUGAAAACUUGCGAUGGACUAAAGAUGAUGAUACCAAAGCCUCAAACUGGGUUAUCAAUGAUGUUAUUAGCAUUAUUUGGCAAUCUUUAUAUAUUCUCAUGCUGUGUCGUCCGCCUGAACCGUUGAUCCACCACAGCCCCGCAUCGCGUAUGCAUGAGCUUCUGGACAGAUCCGCCAGCAACUUCUUCACAAUCAAUCCUCGCAGUAUCAUCAAGUAUACCUCGUUAACACAGCGC